AAGAUAAACUUUUCUUUUAUUAAACAUGGUCCAGAAAGCUGUUCUUGUCACUGGUGGUGCUGGUUAUAUCGGCUCACACACUGUUAUCGAAUUGUUAAAUGCUGGCCGUGAAGUUGUUAUCUACGAUAAUCUCUACAAUGCUUCUUACGAAGCCGUUCGUCGUAUUGAAAAAAUUACUGGCAAGAAGCCCAUCUUUUACAAGGCCGAUAUUCUCGAUAAAAAGGCUCUUUUAGAAGUCUUUAGCCGUCACCCUAUCGACUCUGUUAUUCACUUUGCCGGUCUUAAGGCUGUAGGUGAAUCUACUGAAAUUCCUCUUGACUACUAUUACAACAAUAUCACUGGUACUAUUGUCUUGUUGCAAGCCAUGAAAGAAGCUAACGUAAAGAACGUUGUCUUUUCUUCUUCUGCUACUGUGUAUGGUGAACCCCCUAUCAUUCCUAUCCCUGAAACUAGUCCUACUGAUGCAAAGAGCCCUUAUGGACGUACAAAGUUGUUUGUCGAGCAUAUUAUUCGCGAUCUUUGUACCGCUGAAAAAGAAUGGAAUGCCGCUUUACUUCGUUACUUUAACCCUGCUGGUGCUCAUCCUUCUGGCAUCUUGGGUGAAAACCCUACUGGCAUUCCUAACAACUUGAUGCCCUACUUUGCUCAAGUGGCUAUUGGUAAGCGCGAAUACUUGUCUGUGUUUGGUAGUGAUUAUCCUACUCGUGAUGGUACUUGUAUCAGAGAUUAUAUCCAUGUGGUUGAUUUGGCUAAAGGCCAUUUGGCUGCUUUAAAGAAACUUGAAGAUAAACCUGGCUGUGUUGAAUAUAACCUUGGUACUGGUGUAGGUUCUACUGUCUUGGAAAUGGUCCAUGCUUUUGAAAAGGCUGUUGGUCGUGAAUUACCUCAUAAAAUUGUGGGUCGUCGUCCUGGUGAUGUUCCUAACCUUACUGCUGAUCCUUCCAAGGCAAACAAGGAGUUGAACUGGAAGGCUGAAUUCAGUUUAGAUGAGGCUUGUGCUUCUUUAUGGAACUGGCAAAGCAAUAACCCUUCUGGUCUUGAAGGAUUUCCUUCUGAAGCUCCCGCUGAAACUGUCCUCAAUUACCUUUAAAUCAAACUUUUUAUAAACAUACAUACAUAUAUAUAUAUAUAUCAAACAUUUUAUAGAGUAAAGUCUUUUUGAAGAAAA